GUACACAAAAGGAACGCUCCCGCAACGUCAAAUAAAAAAAUAUUAUAAAAAGUAGCUGAAAAUUCCAAGCUAAAAAACUAUAUUUAAGCAUCCGUGUCUUCCCUUCCCCGCUACCAGAACCUGUCGUUCUUCGCUUUGACUCCAUUACAAAACUGCAGGUGAUGAUCGAGCUGUAAUCGGUUCUUUUGAGGAGAGAGCAGGAAUGGAGUUUUUGGGUAUCGCCAAUUCCAAGGAUACAGGAAAGUACAGAGGUUUGUGGGCUAAAUUCGUAAUUUUGAUCCUUCUUUGUAGUAGCGGAGGAGCAGUCUCCGGUUCAGAGUAUUUGAUCGGUCUCGGGAGCUAUGACAUCACGGGGCCGGCCGCCGAUGUCAACAUGAUGGGGUACGCGAACACGGAGCAGGUCGCUGCCGGAGUCCACUUCCGGUUGCGGGCUCGGACAUUCAUUGUGGCGGAGCCGCAAGGGAAGCGGGUGGCGUUUGUGAAUCUCGAUGCUUGCAUGGCGUCGCAACUUGUGAAAUUGAAGGUGGUCGAGAGGUUGAAGGCAAGGUAUGGGGAUUUAUACACCGAAAAGAAUGUAGCUAUUAGUGGAAUUCACACCCACGCUGGCCCUGGUGGUUAUCUGCAAUAUGUGGUGUAUAUUGUGACAUCUCUUGGAUUCGUCCGUCAGUCAUUUGAUGUUCUUGUUGAUGGAAUUGAAAGUAUUACUCAAGCUCAUGAAAAUCUUGCGCCGGGAUCAAUUUUUGUUAAUAAGGGGGAAAUUUUAGACGCUGGUGUAAAUCGCAGUCCUAGUGCUUAUCUCAAUAACCCUGCAGCAGAGCGCAGUAUUUACAAGUAUGAUGUUGAUAAAGAUAUGACUCUUCUGAAGUUUGUUGAUGAUCAAUGGGGUCCAGUGGGUAGCUUUAAUUGGUUUGCGACUCAUGGAACUUCCAUGAGUCGUAGUAACUCAUUGAUUAGUGGGGAUAACAAGGGUGCUGCUGCACGAUUUAUGGAAGACUGGUUUGAAGAGAAUGGUGCUAAAAGUGCAUACUCUCAUGAAUUUGCUGCUGAUGGAAUCCCUCGAAGAGUCUCAAACUUACUUUAUGACCGUCAUGACAAUCACCAUGAGUUACUAGAGCUUGCUGCAUCCUUUCAGUCUCGUCCUGGUAAGCCAGCAACCAGGACCUUGAGUGUUGCAAGACGUGUCAGGGGUGCACUAAGGCAGGCGGACAAGCCUCAAUUUGUUUCUGCAUUUUGUCAAUCGAACUGUGGUGAUGUAAGCCCCAAUGUUCUAGGCGCUUUCUGUACAGACACUGGGUUACCUUGUGAAUUUAAUCACAGUACCUGUGGUGGGAAGAAUGAGUUGUGCUAUGGCCGUGGACCAGGCUACCCAGAUGAAUUUGAAAGUACACGUAUAAUUGGUGAGAGGCAACUCAAAAAAGCUGUGGAUCUUUUCAACAAGGCAUCUGAGAAGUUGAAGGGGAAAGUUGACUAUCGUCAUACUUAUGUAGACUUCUCCCAACUUGAAGUAACCCUUCCCAAAAAGGGAGGAGGUUCGGAGGUGGUAAAAACAUGUCCUGCUGCAAUGGGGUUUGGAUUUGCUGCUGGAACCACUGAUGGACCUGGGGCUUUUGAUUUCAAGCAAGGCGAUGAUAAGGGAAAUCCAUUCUGGAGGUUGGUGCGCAAUGUACUUAAAAAGCCAGGCCAGGAACAAGUGGAAUGUCAGAGUCCAAAGCCGAUCUUGCUUGAUACUGGUGAAAUGAAGGAACCAUAUGACUGGGCGCCUUCAAUACUUCCAAUUCAGAUCAUCCGAGUAGGACAGCUUGUCAUUCUCAGUGUACCUGGAGAAUUUACAACAAUGGCCGGUAGGCGCCUCCGUGAUGCUGUGAAGUCAGUACUGACUAGUGGUGGUAAUGGCGAAAAUGUUCACGUUGUUAUAGCUGGAUUGACUAAUACAUAUUCACAGUAUAUCACUACCUUUGAAGAGUAUCAGGUGCAGAGAUACGAGGGUGCCUCCACUCUGUAUGGGCCGCACACACUCAGUGCCUACAUUCAGGAGUUCAAGAAGCUUGCUACCGCUCUCACCAGUGGCAAAUCCAUUGCAGAAGGUCCACAACCCCCAGAUCUCCUUGAUAAACAAAUAAGCUUACUUACACCAGUUGUGAUGGAUGGAACCCCUCGGGGCAUUAGUUUUGGGGACUGCAGCUCCGAUGUUCCUCAAAACUCCACCUUCAAGAAAGGCCAUGACAUGGUGACAGUUACCUUCUGGUCUGCUUGCCCUCGAAAUGACCUUAUGACUGAAGGUACAUUCGCCCUUGUGGAAAUUCUCCAUGGAGAAGAUACUUGGGUUCCAGCUUAUGAUGACGAUGAUUUCUGCCUGCGGUUUAAGUGGUCAAGACCCGCCAAACUUAGUACCAGAAGUCAGGCAACCAUAGAAUGGAGAAUUCCUCAGUCUGCAACUCCCGGCGUAUACAGAAUUAGACAUUUCGGUGCGUCAAAGAAUUUCGUGGGAUCCAUUCGCCAUUUUACAGGUUCAUCUAGUGCAUUCGUGGUAGCAUAAGAUGGCGUAUAUUAUCUGUAACUUUAUACGCGAAUACUUGUUAGUAUUUUGUGCUAAUUAUACGGCCGAGUAGUUACCACGGACUCUUAUCUCUUGCGUGUACAGAGAGCAUCUCGUAUUCCUUCCUUUGUACUAUGUUGCGGUGUAAUCACGAAGUUGUUUGUGCAAUAUAAUUUUACACUACUUUCUUGCUGUUUGCUAAA